AUGUCUGGUGGUCCCUUCUCCUGCUUCUCCAAACAGGGAAUACUCCUUCUCCUACUCUCCAACCUCCACCAUGGUGUGGGUGUUUCUUCAUACCUGUCAUUCCACAAGACAGUAGGGGACUCCGUGGAGAUGCCUGCAGGCUUAGAGGGGCAAAAUGUCACUCUAAUUAAUUGGAGGUAUAGCGAAAAGGAUAUUGCAAAAUUCAACUCAGAAGGUUUAUAUUUCCAUGGAUCCCAGUUCAAGGGGAGACUAGAAAUGAAUGCCAAAGACUUCAGUUUAACAAUUAGGAAACUGACUCUGCAAGACUCAGGGGAAUAUCUAGUUAUUGCUGAAACAGACAAGCAGAUUCCCAGUAAGGCUGUCACUCUGCAGGUUCACGAGCCUAUAUCCAAGGUGGUGAUCCAGACAGACAUCACGCUAUUAGCCAACCACUCCUGUACGGUGCGGCUGGUGUGCAACGUGUCCUGCUACUCCAACCUUACAUACACCUGGGAGAAAGACAAUGAGGUGUACACGGACGCCCAGCAGAUUCACCUCUCUCUCUCUCCUGCAGAGAGAGACAUCAUUGUAACAUGCAAUGCCUCCAACCUAGUCAGCUGGAAAUCUGCCUUUGCAACAGUAAAGUGUAGUAAUGACACAACCACACCAGAAUAUUUGACAGGACUGGUGUGGUAUACCAUCUAUGUCGGAGUAUCAGUAGGAGGCGCUGUGGUGCUGAUCCUCACUGUAGCUGUGGCAGUGUUCUACUGCAGGGGCCGCCGUAACACAGACAGCACUGUCAACACAAUAUAUGCUGAUGUUAUGAUCAACACAAUCAUUAAAGAUACAAGAUCGAACAGUCAGGUAAACCCAAUGUCCAUCUAUGAGACUGUCAAUGAUCUGGCUAUCCCAAGAUUGAAUGAGCCGCAGACUCUGUAUGACAAGAUCGCAUUUGGACGCCCAGAGCCCCCCACCUCUCCCUACCAGAAAGUACUGUGAGCUGAACAGGAU